AUGGUGAAGUUCCUGAAGCCCGGCAAGGCGGUGAUCCUGCUCCAAGGCAGGUACGCCGGGAUUAAGGCGGUGAUCGUGCACGUGUUCGAGGAGGGCACCGGCGACCGCCCCUACGGGCACUGCCUGGUCGCCGGCCUGGCCAAAUACCCGAAGAAGGUGAUCCGCAAGGACUCGGCCAAGAAGACACCCAAGAAGUCCCGCGUCAAGGUCUUCCUCAAGCUCGUCAACUAUACCCACCUGAUGCCCACACGCUACACCCUCGACGUCGACCUCAAGGAGGUGGUCUCCGGCACCCCCGACUCCCUCACCACCGAGGACAAGAAGUUAACCGCCGCCAAGUCCGCCAAGGCCAAGCUCGAGGAGAGGUUCAAGACCGGCAAGAACAGGUGGUUCUUCACCAAGCUCCAUAUGAUCAAACAAGUUGUCAACAAUGUUAAUCAACAAUAUUCUCGGAUUGUUGCCGGUAAUCAAAGGGGGUACGUAGAUGGCCAACUUGAAAAUGCUAAAAUUUCUAUGGAUAAUGUGUUUCAAGUUAUAUUUGGUAAAUCUCCUGAAAAGAAUGCAUCUAUGAAAACUAAGGAUGACAAUACCUAA